AUGCUUCAAUCUCCAAUUUCGUUUUUUCUGUCUACAUUCGUUCUGGUUUUCACUUUUCUCGGGGUGUCAGCCGCCCCUGCAACAAAUGCAAUGAAAUUCGAUUACCAACAGCUUGCCAUCCAGCGCCAAUACAAGAAUAAGCUCACGUAUGGCUCCUCCAUGAGCGCAGACGAAACCUGGAUGCUCUUUCUUGGCCAAAGAUGUGCCCUCCAUGCAAACGUCGCAAUCGAGGAGACUCAAGCCACACUGAUACCCAGUCUAGAUGGACAAGCCCAACGGUACAGACCAAUAAAAAGUAAUGUAGGAUGGUUGGGAGUAUAUGCCAACUUCUCAGGUGCGAAGGCUGCGUUAACUGUCAAGGAGGAAAUGCUUGCCAGUAGUUUACUCCUUGGUGUUGACACAAACUUAGAGAUGCUGAAUCAGGCAAUCAAAUUCCUUCUUAAAAAAGGAUUACUUUGGAAGGAGGAUGAGAAUGGGCAAAGAGAGCAAGUAACAGACGUACCGAGAUGGAAUGACCUUUAUACAAAAAUGAAGCUUACUAAGGGUCCAGCUGGAGCAAGCCUGGCUCAUCCGCAAUCCGUCAUAAUGUAUACGACAGUUGGCGGCAAGGAAGCCUGGAUCAUGUUCAUCGGUGAACAUUAUGCUUUUAGAGCCAAAGGGGAACAGGACCAAGACACACUAGAGGCAACAGAGGUUCCGAGUCCUGAACUGCUCGAAGGUCCAUUAUAUCCAUUGGGUACUUCCGUCCAUUUCAAAGAUGAUGCGGCUAUGCAAGGUGCUUUCCGCAAGAUACGCGCUAUCCGUCCUCGUUCGAAGUUGGUUUUCAUCAAGCAGGCUUUAGAAGUGUUGUUGGAAGAAGGGGCGCUAUUUGAUCUAAAAGGAAAGCAGCAUAGUUCUGUGGAUGCGAUGUACAGUGACUUCAAAACAUCAGUGGAACGAAGAAAAGCUUAUCGUAAACCGACAACGAGAGGGUAG